AUGGAUAAAGCAAAGCAAGCCGUUGCAGGAAUUGUAUCCAAGGAUGGACACCACAAGACCACCGUUCAUGAAGAUGUCAACAAGGCCGUCACUGAGGAGCAAGUCCGCCCUCACCGCCACGAGGAGAUCACCACUGCCGUUGACAAGGAGGUUCACCAAGACCACCACCACACCACAGUUCAACCUAUCAAGGACAAGCAGGUUCUCCCUGAGAAGCACCUCCACAAUGUCGUCCCUACUGCACACAAGUCUUUCAACCACGAAGACAGCAAGGAGACUAAGCACACCCUUGACCGCGAACAUGCUAAGUUCAAGGACACUUCUGUCACCCACGACACUACCCACACCUCUACCGCCGCACCUGUGGUGACCGGUGAGCGUGUCCACCACCACGUUCACGAGCACAUCCAGCCCGUCAUCCAGAGGGACGUCGUACAGCCCCAUGUCGUGCACACAACUGUGCCAAUCCACGAGACACAUCACGCUAAGCCCGUCCACCAUGCCGCUACUACUCUCCCGACCAAGACCCUUGAGGAGUUCAAUCGUGACAAGGGUGGCCUUGACGGACAUGGACUCCACAAGGUUGGCGAGUUUGACGGGUGCCCCGACAAGUUGGACAAGGGCUUUGCGAAGACUGAGCACGCUGGGGUAGCCGGAACCCACGGCCACUCCCACGGCCAUUCCCACGGCCAUAAGGGUUCGGAUAGCGUCGCUGCAGCCCAGGCUGCCAACGCUCGCCACACUGUAGGUGAUGAUUCCAAACAUGUCAGCACCACCCAGGGAAUCAGGCAUGGAACUCACCCGACUGGUGUUCAGAAUGAUCCCGCCCACACCACCGGCACCGCUGCCACCGGUGCCUCCUCCCUGAACAAGGCCGAUGCCAACUUCGGUUCUACGACCACCAGCACUGAUCGAUAUGACGCGACGGGCAAGAAGGUUUCCCUUGUUGACAAGUUGAACCCCUUCAAGGAUGCCGAUGGCGAUGGCAAGAAGGGCAUCAUGAGCUAG